GGCCCAAUUUUUUACAUUUGGAGAAAAUUCCACGCCAUUCACAGAAAAUUCUCCGCAGGUACGACGGAAGGUCAGAGUCUUACCGAGGGCCGAGCUCAGCCGUCGAUCGAUUAUUUCUGGCUGCUAAAUUCACAGAACAGGGACAGACCAGGGCACAAUGGCGAGAAACUCGGAAAAGGCCAAUGCCAUGCUCAACAAAUGGCUGAGGAUAAAGAGCGGCCUCGAACUCCAGGAGAAGAACGUAUCACGUCGUCCGAGGCACACAUCGGAAGUUGAGGAUUUAAAAGAGGCUCAGCACUGGAGGAACCUCAUAGUAAAGGACAUUAUGCUCUCGAUAUCGAGGAUACAAAACGCCAGUCUUGGAGAACACGCAAUCAGAGACUUAAACGACGAAAUCAACCGUCUGAUCGGCCUGAGGAAGCGCUGGGACGAGAGGAUAAUAGAGCUGGGCGGACCAGACUACAGGCCACUCUCAGCCUCCAUUGAAAAUGCGCACGGAGCGGAGCUCAAGGUCGGAGGAAGCGGUUACAAGUACUUUGGAGCCGCCAGGAACCUACCAGGCGUCAGAGAACUUUUCGAAAAGGAAGAGCAGACCGUCGACACAAGAGAUCAUCUGCAGUUUCAGACCAGAGCAGAACUUUACAGAAUGAUUAAUCCAGAUUAUUAUGGAUUUAGAGAUGAAGAUGAUGGACAACUACUCAAAGCGGAGCAGGAGAAGGAGCUGGAAAUACAUGCACGGGAAUCCGCCAAGUACCCAAAUUUUCAAGAGGAAGAAUUUGAAAGAUUAAAGUGGUUCGCUCAGGCAGAGAGUACAAGCUGUGAAAAUCUUUAAUACACAAGAGUAUGAACGCAUUUUUGAAUGUAGUGAGUCCAGGUAGGAUUGUCAGUGUUU